AUGCGUUUCACUAUCCCCCUCUUCACUCUCGCUGCCUGCGCCAGCGCCGCCGCCGUGCCCAACCCAGAGAUUUCUGUCGACCGCGCUACAAUUGCUGAGCGCGACCCCGUAGCCUACUGGGACAUCGAUUUCGUCCGCAACUACUUUGACGGCGGCUUCGUCGAGACCGUUUCAGCCAAGUUCAUUUCCGACAAGUAUCCUACCGGCCUCAAGUCCUUUUGCAAGACUCAAUACUAUAAUGGCAACGGACCAGUCCAACCCAACUGCACUCCUGGCUAUUUCCACUAUAAAUACGAUCUGUCUGCUUCGACCCUUUCGGUUCAGCAGCGCGUUGCGCAGCCCAUACAUGAAAUUAUCACGGGUAGUGCCUCAUUUGUGCCUAACCACCUCGAUGACGGCACCCUUAAAGGCAGUGUUCAUAUUGGUGUCAAUGCUCAGUAUCCUGACCAUUCCAAGUAA